ACGAAAAAUUCAGCUUUUUUACGUGCCUUGAGCACGAAUGUCUAUUUUGUGUCCCUCGCACAAAUUUCUGUAUUUCGUGUCCGUGGCACGACUUUCAUUUUUGUGUCGUUUUAUGUAUUGUUUACUCAUUGUUUUUUUUCCUAUUUUCUUACCAUUGUCGCUUGGGGUUAGAAUCACUUUCUGUUACAUUUUUAGACAUCCAAACCCCGACUCUAACCCCAACUCCAGGCGGGAAUAAGCGGAAGAAAAACACGUAGAAACCAAUACAUAAAAGUACAUCCUAACCAAAACCCCAAAUCUAACCCCAAGCCAAGCGACAAUGAUUUCAAAAUAGAAAAAAAUACGACGUUUGUGCUUAAGGCACAUAAAAAGCAGAAUUUCGUGCCAUGGACACAAAUACAUUAAUCAAAUUUUUCGUGAAUAUAACACAACUUUCCGUGCGAUCAGUCUGCAUUUUACACUGCAGGUUCCAACUACAAUACGAGGUAAAAUAUCAUAGCAAUAAUAAGCCAUGCAUAUAUUAACCUUAAAUAAUUACUUCUCAGUCUCUUUAUUUGCAGUACAGUUUUUGCAGUACUGUAUAACACGUGUAAGCACUGUUUAUUCAGCAGUUUAACUAAGUUAUGAAUAGAAGUAGUUCUGUUUUCACCCGUCUGUUAAUUAGAUUCACAUCACACUGUUUUGUUGUGUCAAUUAUGUGGCUUUUUUUAGCAAACACAGAGGAUGUUUGAACGAUCCUAUAAGAUUUAGGGUAUUGCAGACAGAGAAGUUGUAAAUCCUUUGACAAGUUUUCUUCCUCAUAUAUCGAGCCGUAUUUGCAUGCUAAUAUGCACUACAUGCUCUUUGUUAUUUUUGCCCUAUAAGUAUCUGAUGUGUUUCUACCUGAGAAAAGUCUCUGAUCUCUUCUAGGUAGAAGUGUGUGUUGUGUGUUUCAUCUGUUUGUGCUGCUGUGAUCAUGGCAAGAGUUGUGGUGAUGUUGUUCUUCAGUACAGUUAUAUGGAAUUGUCCAACCACAUCAGCUUUACAAAAUGUUACCAGUGUGACUUUACAAAGUACUGUUUCUUCAACUGUUUAUUUUACAUCGAUGUCUCCAUCUUUCGUCAUUCCCAUUACCGGUCUACGCUGCGAGUAUUCAUGGACAAAAAGGACACUGGUUUUAAUUUGGGAUGAUCCCAAUGCUAUGCUGUCUGAAUAUGAGGUGCAGGUGAAUGGAUACAGCCCCAAAAUCAUCAAUGAAACCAUGUAUCAGAUUUAUCCUCUAUCAGCUGAGCAGUAUGACAUCAAUGUUACAUCAAUUACUGGAGGCAGGAGAAGCAAACCCGUGUCAAUCAAGUGUGAAACCAAAUUUAAAGUCAUUGUAGGAUCUGUAGUAGCUGUUGUCAUCGUCCUAUUCAUAAUAUUUAUGCUUGUUGGCCGUGAAAUCUGCAUCAGAAUCAGACCUAGCAAGAGCAGGUCCUCAGGGGAACUGGUAGGCCAAACUAGGCCUCCUAACCAGAAAAUGGACCGGAUUUAUAUAAACACUUGUGCUGUAAACAUACAAGAAAAUCAAAAUCCAGAAUCAGAUGUUAUAGACAUAUCAACUUUGGGAAAUCAACCAUAUCAAGCUCUAGAUGUGACAAUGCGUGAAAAUGCACCGUAUGAGAUCUGCCACUCAUCUCAGAAAGUCAACAGAGCGUCAGAUACCUCUGAAAUUUACGAGAAUAACCAAUGAAGAAAAAUUAACUGGUUUACUUUGAUUAUUCUUAUAACUUUGCUUUGAUUAUUAUUAAAUAAGUCAUGGAGUCAUCAUGUAUAAUACACAGUGUGUUUGUUUUGAGAAUGCUUGCUAACAAAAUAAUACUAUUAGUAUGCUGUAAAAAAAUUCUGUAGAAAUUACAGUAUUACUGGGUAUUACUGGCAACUAGCUGCCAGUAAUUUACUGUAGAUUUUACAUUUAUGUUAUUUACUGGCAACAGUUUGUUUAAAGUUAAAUGAACAUGAAACAUUUUCAGUCAUUAUCUUCUACAGUAAGUUACUGGCAACCAGCUGCAUAAUUACAGCAAAUUUUUUACUGUGGACCUUAUUAUGAUUUCUAUGUCUUUACAUGUGCAUGACAUCCACUUAUUAUUUUGGAAAUAAACAUUUCAUUUUUUUAAGUUCAUCUAUUAAUUCUUUAUUAUUUCAGUCUCGCAUAAAAACAUCUGGUUACUACUUUAGUUUAUUGACAUUUGUACCAUGGAGUUUUUUUAUAUUAAGCUAGCUUUCUAUUUUAUAUGUAGCCUAUAUGUAUACGUAUAUGACCACAAAACCAGUUGUAAGUCGCAUGGGUAGUAUUACGGAAAACAAAUACAUUGCAUGGAAGAAAAAACCUAAUAAGGAAAUAAAACUUAUGAAAGCAGGUUUGUGACCUGGUCAUCUUUUUAGUAUGAGGCUAAUCCAGUAGUAAUACACCAACACAUGAUAGUUACCAGGAGAUGAGAGGGAAAGCA